AUGGAGACUCCCCAGCCAAGCUCCCGCCGCGCCCACUUGACUGACGACGACCGAUUCCCGAAACGAAUGGUUGCCUGUCGAAGCUCGCGCGAGCUGCACAACAGCUACCCCACAUUGGUUCUCGCCGUUGACCUUCUCAACCCUUCGCCGGCCGCCGAGGCCAAGAAGCACAAGCUCAAGACCCUUGUCCCGGCUCCCCGAUCCUUCUUCAUGGACGUCAAGUGCCCCGGCUGCUUCACCAUCACCACCGUCUUCUCGCACGCCCAGACCGUUGUCAUCUGCCAGGGCUGCACCACCGUCCUUUGCCAGCCCACCGGUGGCAAGGCCAGAUUAACCGAGGGCUGCUCUUUCCGAAGAAAGUAA